AUGGAUGAAAAUGCUAGAGCUCGUCGACGUCGAACUGAACGUGGACCACGAUCCAAAAACGGCUGUGGUACAUGCCUUCUCAAAAAGGUGAAGUGUGAUGAGCACCGUCCACGAUGUCACCGCUGCGGCCGCCUCCAACUGGAGUGUGAAUGGCCCACCCAGCCGCCCUCCCUAUCUUCAAGGAGACGGGGACUCGGUCCUAUCAAGAACCGAGAAGAUGCUUGGGCUCCUCCAAUAAUUCUUCCAAAAUCUGUCAGCCGAAAUAGCUUGAAUGAUUUGCCUCAGGCCGGGGAGAUAAGCGGUGACACAGUUGAACCGCCGGCCUCUCUAGGCACCGCCGAGGAUCGUUAUCGCGAAAGCGUGCACAUCAAUCCGGACGAUUUGCCUUCACCUGAUCCCACCGAGAGUGCCGAUGCGGGGCCUGUCCUACUUGCCAGUGGCAUAGGAGUCAAUCAUGCGCCCUCACUUGGGAGUAGCGAUACACAAGCCGUAUUGUUCCAUCGCACUGUGUUCGCGCCUCUCAAGUCAACCCGAAAAGCAGCUUCGUCGGCGCAUUGUUUGUUCCUUGGCCUCGCACUACAGAAUGCCAUGACCCUUCACUUCCUCCUUGCUGUAUCCCAUAACGAACUGGCUAUACACCUGGGAUUUUACAAGCAGCCACCACAAGAGUCAUGGAAUCAUCUACAACACGGCUCGCGGAUCUUUCUACAAGCACUCAAUCCCUUGGCUCAAUUAGACCAUGUAGGCACCAUGCUGUCUUUCUUAUACAUGUAUAUGUUUUGGAUGCGCCGCAACCCGUUCAAUUUACAAAAGCUACGGGAGCUGAGCGCUUCGGUUCUCACCUAUGUCAAGAGCUAUAAUCUGGAUGAGUUGUGCGCAGGUUCAAGCUCCUUGGCACCUGAUGCUCUGCUGCUAUCCCGAAUCCUCACCUACCUCUACGACAGAGACGGAUUUUGUGGCUUUUUUGGCUGUGGAGGUUCUUUUGCUAGCUAUGUCAGUGAAAAUCUCGAGAAGCGGCACAGGAUCUGGCAAUUAUCGAGGUCCAUAUUCACAUGGUCUGAUGAGCAAACCAUAGCCCUGCGCAUGCCUGGCAUCCAAGGCCCCCCGAAGUCCUACAUUCUAAAGGUCUAUUUCGAGUUAAUUGCUAUACAUCAUGACAUCAACUGCUACAGUCAGGCCCCUGAGGUCCAGGCACUUGAGGCAAAGAGAAAGAUCAAACGAAGUCUCGCCCAGAUUCAAGAACAACAUAAAUUUCUUCGGUAUCUUAUUACCAGUUGUAGAAGAGAAAGGUCUUCGCCCCCUCUUAUGGCCCUGGUGACCGUCACAUUCUUCCAUGCCAUCCAAAUAUACUUCUAUCGCAGUCGUGACGCACAUUUUGGCCAGCUUCCUGUCACAAAUGAGUUCCAGUACAUCUUAUGCGAACUUAUUGCUGCCGCAUACUACACUGUUGCGACAGGGCCAGUACAGCUCCUUGAGCGGUUCCAAUGGUCUCUUCUAAUAGCCGGAAUUGAGACUUACGAUCCAAUCCAUCUUAAAUGGAUUCUGGAGACGAUUUCGGAUCCUGUUCUGAGUAACUUACUUUCUUUGGUGAAAGAGAACCAAAAAUUUCACAGCGUCUCAAUGGAGGAAUUGAGAUACAUCAUCGACGCAGUGUCUCAUGAGGAUCUUGGAAGCAAGCUCGAAAUUCCUGUUAUUUAG